AUGACUGAGCAGGACAGCUUUGCGACUCGUUAUUGGGCAAUUCGAGGCGCACUUCGUCUCGUGUCGGACGGCGUGCCUUCGCCUUUGGAGAUUCUGGAUGAAAUGGGGCAUCUCGAGCGUGAGUUCCCUCAAGAGGUCUACGUAAUGGAGGCCAACAUCCACGCGAUGGGCUACGAAGAGAUCAUCGCGGGCGAAGACGUGCAGACGGAUGGCGAAGACGCAGGCACUGUUGGACAUGGUGCUCAUCACCGCACAACGUCUGGCAGUACGACAAGCUCUGCCAGCUUGGAAAGCAUUCCAAGGUGGGAGGGCGAACAGGCAACCUCGCCGGGGAUGGAGCACUUCGUGCGCUAG